UUCUUUCUUUCUUUCUUUCUUUCCAUCGUUGACUUCGAUCCUCGCGCUCAACCAACGCAUUGCGCGAUCUCACCUGCGCCCCUGAAUCUGGCCCGUACUGCCGCCCAGAUUCGCCCGCCGCCGCCGCCGCAUGGUUCCUUCUUCUCACGGUUGCAUUUGUUUGCUUGCUCUGCGCAAAGCCAAAAGCUUGCGCAGCCAUUAGAUGGCGAUCUUGCUGUUUACUUGUAUCUCACAUGGGGGUGAUGGGGUGCUGUGUGUGUGAGGGUGGGGAGGAUAGUUGCUUAGCAGCCGGAAACGUGGAACAUGGCCCAUAUGUUCCUCGUUCGUUCUAGGAACAUUCACGUUUCCAUUUUCUGACAACAUUUACGUUGCCAUAGUACCAAAAACAUUUAUAAAGUAUUGCUCCGUUCCCGGCUGCUAUGGAUAGAUGCAUAGAGUUUCCUAUAUAUUCCACAUAUACAUACAUACUCAGCAGUCAGCAAUGCUUAUCUCCUCGCCUUCCUUAUCACUUAUAAGUAGCCAGUAGGACAGUAGCUUGUGUGUGUGGAUGGUUGGCCCUGGCUGUCUGUCAAAAAAAACAAAUGCUGGUACAGACGUACAGUGGCUUCUAACGAAGUGUAUAUAUUAAGCUGAGUUGUGCCAGUCUGCCAGAUGGAUAGGCUCGACGGUUCUGCCCGCCUCAUGCUCGUUUCCGAUCUUGACCAGACGAUGAUUGAUCAUCAGGAUCGAGAGAACCUGUCCUUGCUUAGGUUCGAGGCGCUGUGGGAGGCCGAGUUCUCCCAAGAUUCUCUCCUGGUCUUCUCGACUGGAAGAACGCCGAUCAGUUACAAGGGCUUGCGUAAAGAUAAGCCUCUGAUCACACCAGACAUCACUAUCAUGUCUGUGGGAACCGUGAUAGCAUACGGUGAAGAGAUGAUCCGCGACGUUGGCUGGGAGGAGUAUCUGAACAAUAAAUGGGACAGGGCUAUUGUCGUUGAGGAGACAGCUAGGUUCCCUCAGCUAAAGCCUCAGCCAGAGAGGAACCAGGGUCCCCAUAAGGUUAGUUUCUUCGUUGACAAGCAGGGUGCUCAAGAAGUAAUGGAUCAUCUCCCGCAGAAGUUGGAGAAACGUGGGCUAGAUGUGAAAAUAGUCUACAGCAGCGGUGAGGCCCUUGAUGUUCUACCACAAGGUGCAGGCAAGGGCCAGGCCCUUAUGUACUUGUUAAAUAAGCUCAAUUCAUACGAGAAACCACCAAAGAAUACUCUUGUUUGUGGCGACUCUGGAAACGAUGCAGAACUAUUCAGUGUCCCAUCUGUACAUGGAGUCAUGGUUUGCAAUGCCCAAGAGGAGCUGCUUCAGUGGUAUGAAGAAAAUGCAAGGGACAAUCCUAAGAUAAUUCAUGCAACUGAGAGAUGUGCUGCCGGUAUCAUGCAAGCUAUUGGACACUUCAAACUAGGACCCAAUGUUUCUGCAAGAGAUCUUGAGUUCCCUUAUCUAAAGGCAGACACCGCUAAGCCUGCAGAUGUGGUGGUGAAGUUCUAUGUUCUCUAUGAGAAGUGGCGGAGGGGUGACCUUCCAAAUUCAUCAUCAGUUAUGCAGUACAUGAAAAGCAUUACUCAUCUGAAUGGUACAAUUAUUCAUCCUUCUGGAUCGGAGCGUUCUCUUCAUGCAUCUAUUGAUGCUCUAAGUUCUUGCUAUGGGGACAAACAAAGCACCAAGUUCUGGGUAUGGGUGGACAGACUAGUUACAUCGCCAAUUGGUACAAGUAACUGGUUGGUGAGGUUUGACAACUGGGAAAUGGAAGGUGCUGUUCGGUAUUGCUGCCGCACUACUCUUUUGCUGAAUAUCAAGCCUGAGACUCCAGAGGGCUUGGAGCUGACACACAUCCACAAGACCUGGGUUGAAGGACACUCUGCAGGGAGCGAACACACGUUCAUCUUGUAGGUUAAUUAGUCACUUGUGAAGCACAGAUAGUCAUAACACAUAUUUUGUUCCAAGUCCAGAUAGAAUCAAAAUGUACUUCCAGACCGUCUCGAUGCUCGCUAAUUCCAUGUACAAGAAAAUAUGUUCUAUGAUCCCUUCUCAUGAAUUUCAUGAGAUUCAUAAAUUAGUUGAAGCUCUUGCCUCAAA